CGAAUUGCCAGUUCUCUUUUAGACCUAAAUUUGAUCAGGGUUCGUCUUACGUAUUUAUCCCUCAAUUAAUAUCUUUAUAAAUGAUAUAAAAGAAGAAUUGCUGUCUUUGUUUUCGAAACGCGGUUUGAAAUCAUAGUUGAGUGAACAUCGGCCAUCCUCGAAAUUCAACAGUGAAAAUUUUAAAGUGGCUUAAAAUGGAUGCGGCGAAAGUUCACUAGAAUGGAGCACAAGCAACUGAAAAACAUUUUCGGUAGAAUGUAACAAUUCUAGUGGAGAAAAUGUCCCAAAGCGUUCCAAAGCUGUGUUGGGUUCGUGAUAGUCUCAGAUAUUGAUUAAAUUUCUGGUAUAGCUCGUGUAUUCCGAGGGACGUUCUCGACGAUAUAUUUGAAGAUAGUUGUGCCUCUCGGAUUCCAUCGGUUUAUUGAUGGGAAAGAUGCCGUUCUCUUUUGGUGUGAGACACGGGAAGUUAUGGAAAAAACUGUACGAAGAUAGGUGAUUAUGAUACCAACAAGGAAAAAUAAUAGAUCAUAUCAUCAGCGCUGAUUUGGUAUGCAGUGGCGGAAACUUGCACGUUCCAAGAUCAUAGUCGGUCGUUCGCGUGCAUGCAACAUGCUCUGCUGUGGCCGUCGAAAGGAUAAUGGACGAGAGACAUUGGACUUUACAGCUUCCCCGCUACGAGCUCCACCUGUUAGCUCGGCGGUCGCCCCCAACAAUCGGUCCAAUCAUCCACCCCCAAUGGUUAUACAGGGAGACUUUCGAAAAGUAUCUGGAAUUAGCAGUGAGAUAUUCAAACAGAUAGAGACGAUAGAGAAUGAUCACGACCCAUCGACUGCAGCAGCACUGGAGCACGUGGAACGUCGGGGUGAGAUGAUAGUCCGCAUACUCGACCCCAGAGUGCUGGGGCGACCUGCUGGUGAAGCCACGAAACGUUUUCUGACCAUGCAGGAUACCAAACAUACUGUGCAGUUCGUCGAAAUCGUCAAACGGCCUGGACAAACUCUCGGUUUAUAUAUAAGAGAAGGAAACGGGAUUGACAGGAACGAUGGUGUUUUUAUAUCUAGGAUAGCAUUGGAAUCAGCUGUAUACAAUAGUGGUUGCCUUAAGGUUGGGGAUGAAAUUUUAGCUGUUAAUCUUGUUGACGUAACACGAAUGAGUUUAGACGAUGUGGUCAUAAUUAUGUCGAUUCCUAGAAGGUUAGUUCUUGCAACGAGACAGAGAAAAGGCUCGAAAGGACAAGGUUCUCCUUCAGUUCAACCAAGAUCUGAGCAUAAGCCUCCUCCUGUGGUGGUCAUCAAACGGGACCUGCGAGAGGAUGAAGGAGAUGAUACAGAUCUUAGUCACAGGGAAUCGAUGCGGCAACGGCAUACAGGGGAUGGCCGGGAAAUGAGCGAAUCCCGAUCGAGACUCGGGUUAGGUCUGUCGUCCAUGGAUCCAUCCAGACAUGGGACCGGUGGAGCGCAAGAUACAAACGGCCUAGAUCUGUACUAUAACUCGAGACCUCCCGAUUCGGGAGGUGCUAGUUGGGGUUAUCAGCCUCCUCCCCCUGUUAUUACUGAACAGCCUAAAAGUAACAUGCAGCACUUCCAGCCAUAUGAAAGAAAUUAUCCUAAUACCUUAGAAAGUUUGGCCGAGAAGGUUCAUUCGUUUGGAAUGCCUCCAAGGAGGAUGAGCGCUGGAGGACAGCCGUUACCACCACGGCUGUCAUCGCAACAGAAUACAUCUUCAACACCUUACUACGUACAACAUAGCGGUACUGGUAACAGAAGGAUAAUGCCAAGAUCUGGAUCAGAUCAGCAUCUACCUCACACGGAAUAUUCAGACUAUUCGAGUAUAUCGCAAGCAGGACGGCAUACAUUCCUCAGGUCUAGCUUGAAAUCAGGAUCUACUCUCAGCAGGUACAACCAAAGAUACGUGGAUCAAGCAGCUGUUGCUGCACAAAUUGGACAGUCGAAAUAUGGUUCCUCCUCACAAUACGCUGGUGCUAAUACUUUGAGCAGAAGAAAUAGAAGUAGCCUGGAUUACUCGAGCGACACCGAGGCAACGAGUGGGCCUAGAAGCAGUUAUUAUUAUUACAAUAGAAAUCAAUCUUCGAAUGUUCCUCAUAGCACCAUACCAACCUUAGGUAGACAAAAUACUAUGCCACCAGUUGACAUAACAACCAAGUUCAAUUCUCUGCCAAGGGACUCUAGAGGAUCUUCCAGAUUGGCGAUGAAUAAAAGAUUCGGGGAUAGGACAGUGUCUACCCACAUGCAAGAUGAUGCAGAUGGAGCUCUUUCCGCACCAGAGAUGCCGUCGAUUCGAAGAGACAGGGGUCGCAAACACUCUCAAAGGUCAAAGGGCAUUUUUACUUCAGAUGAGUACCGCCAAUGGCUAAGCCGAACACCGUCCACCAGUGCCAUCUACGAGCAGAUUCGUGCGUCUAGAGACGUACUGAACCAGCAGAGGGCUGCAAGAUUCACGUACAGUGCUGAAAAUAUACACGAUGCUCUCAAAAAUAUUGAGAGCGGAUAUUAUGGUUCCUAUAAUAGACCUGGUGCUACCACUACAUUAGACAGGCACUUUUCCAGGAGUCAGCAGCCUUCAAUACCCGCUAGAUCUUUAUCAACCCAACAUAUCACGACGUCUGCAUUAGGAUCGACGAGAUCCCCCUCUAUGCGUAGAAUGAGACAGCUGCUAGAUCUCGAUUCGGGUAGGUCGGCAGCAGCUCCCAGUCCAGUACCCACACCUAGUGGAACAUUGCCCAGAGGACAACGACAAUUAGAUAUAAAUCCCGCAGAAUUCUUGAAAUACAAAAUGGAAAAACCUGGAAUUCCUGGAGGUGGUUCAUCUAUUCCUGGCCUAACAGGGUUAACUGGAACUCAUAGUUCUGCAGGCCUCAUGGGUGUUCCAUCUACAAUCGAUGAACCAGUGAGUGGCAUGUUGUGGAUCCAUCUUCUUGCUGGAAGGGGCUUGAGAGUUUCUUCUGGCACAUCAGCAGCUACUACUCCAGUAACCCCCAGUGGAUCUUCUCCUAGUAUUACUGGUACCAGCAUUAUGAGAGACCUCUACUGCGUACUAGAAUGUGAUAGGGUUCAUAAAGCUAGGACCGUGGUCAGAACAGGAGAUUUAGUUUUCGAUUGGGACGAAAGUUUCGAACUAGAUUUAGUAAACAACAGGGAACUCGAUCUCCUAAUAUAUUCCUGGGAUCCACAAUACCGGCACAAAUUAUGUUACAAGGGAUCGAUUUACCUCCCAACACUUCUGAAAAGCGGACCUAUCCAUCAGCUAGCGCUGAAAAUUGAGCCCAGAGGAACGCUAUACUUGAGAUUGAGACACACUGACUCAUCUUCGCUUUAUAAAAGAAGAACCCACUCCUCUUUGACGUUAUCUCGUACAACUCCUCUCUUCGGGGUUGAUUUGGAGACAGUAGUGAAUAGAGAGAAUAAAACUGGAGGCGUACCAGGUGGCGUGGCUACUGGUCUUGUAGUAGUAGGUCAGCAGAUUCCUGUCAUCGUAAAAAGAUGCGUGGAGGAAGUUGAGAGAAGGGGCCUAGAUAUUAUAGGUCUCUACAGACUUUGUGGUUCAGCCACAAAGAAAAGAAUACUCAGGGAAGCUUUUGAAAGGAACAGUCGAUCAGUGGAUCUUUCUCCUGACAACGUUCCUGAUAUCAACGUAAUAACUGGAGUUCUCAAAGAUUAUCUGCGAGAACUGCCAGAACCUCUGUUCACGAAAUGUCUGUACCAGAUGUUAGUGGAUGCACUAGGUGUAUGCUUACCUGAUGACCCAGAGGGUAAUGCAAAAUUAAUGUUCUCAAUAUUGGAUUGCCUACCUAGAGUGAAUAGGGCAACACUAAUUUUUCUGAUGGACCACUUAGCACUCGUAGUAUCAGCAUCGGAUAGAAAUAAGAUGUCAGCUCAAAAUUUAGCAACAGCAUUGGCCCCACCACUGAUGCUCCAGUCGACCGAAUCGAUGACACCCACCGCACCACAAAAAGUGACACGUCCUGGUGAACUGGAUUAUCAGCAACCGAUAUCGCUACUCAAAUACUUGCUGCAGAUAUGGCCUACACCCAAGCAUCUCUCAGGUCGUCGCGGCAGGCUAGUCGGUCCGCGUGGAGACACUCGAGGUGCGUAUCCAGCGACUCAGCAGCGCCCCCAGGCCCAGCAGCAAUCAGAGCAGUCUCGGCCCUCAGCGGCUCCGUCUCUUCCUCCUCCUCGCUCAGCAGCCUCGGUCCAGCUGCGAGGCCAACAGCCACCGGUCCAAUCACUCCAGACACUCGGCCAAUCAUCAGCAAACAGAGGUCCCUACCGUCCGCUGUCACCUCGAUUAGGCCCACCAGCAGCAGCACAGCCUACGGGGGCCCAAAUACCGGGUCAGGCACCCACUCUACGUCCGCGACAAGUGAUAGUCUCUUCACCAGGCUCUCCAAGCAGCAGCAGUGAUUCGCAAUCGGGUUCAGACACUGUCAAACAUUUCCUGCCUAGCCGAGUCUCCUCGCCAGCAAUCAGGGUUACUUCAGCAUCCGCCCAAAGUUCACUAAGGAACUCUCCCUCGAUCACUUUGAGUUCUCCAUCUGUGAAACAGUCACCCUCAACAACGUCUAGCUUCUUCACAUCCUCAGCAGGAGGCGGUAGUCAUUCUCCUGCUGGCCCCAGGAGUUCCCCCUCAGUAACCAGUCUGAGUAGAGCUUCAGGAGAUGCUGUCUCAAGAUCCAGCUCACCAGCCAUGCAAGCAAGCUCCGCUGGCUUGAAUGUAACUCUCGGACCCCCUAUCUGCUUCAGUUCCACCACUACAAGUUACAGCACCCUUGGCGGCUACCAGCCGACCAGUUCCUCAAUUCCAGCGAGUAGUAUGUUCGGGAGCACGUAUACGCAACCACCUACCUAUACCAGCACGAAUCCAUUCCUCUCUGGCGCAUAUUUGAAUUACCAAUUGGGAGAUUCUGGUUCUUCUCAUCCCGAUAAAUAUAACACUAUAGGAUCUGUUAAAGAUACGAAAUCAUUCUUCGAGAGUUACUCAGAUUCUUCGAGGUACAAUAUGUCAGGUACGAAACCAACAUACGAGUCUCCUGAUUUGACCACCAGCUACACGAACAACUCAAAAUAUAACACCAUUGGGGGUAAAUAUAACAACGACCGAGCCUCUUACCUCUCUUCAACACAUACAGAUCUCACAUUCAGCCCGUCAAGUCCAGGGGAAGUUGCUAGCAAAUUCAGAGGCGGUGAUGUAAGUCCAAGCAUCACCCAAGGGACUGCUAGUCUCCUGAAUGUAGAAGAAACACCGACACCUACGAGCAGUAUUGAAACCGAAGACAGUGUCACUAGAGAAGUUGGAGAGAAAGAUGUCGAGGGAGAUGGCGAACAAAGUGAUUAAACAUUGAAAUUCAAAGGUUUGGGCCCAAUUGUCAAAGACGUGGCAGCAUUGUUCGAAAAAAGACAGACUUUUAGGUAGUUAACACAUCGUGUAUUACAAUAUUAACAUAAUUUAUCGCAAAUCUGCCAUUUGUAUCAUAUCUGUUGUAUCGUUAUCAAUUCCUUGAACCGGAGUUCAACGUGUUUCCAACAAAUAGAAUAAUGCAAAUAAGCGUCAUGAAUCUAUUUCUUGUAGGUUAAAUAUUUUCGCUUACUAGUAAAUCAAAUUGAGUAUUUUAGGAUCAUUGUUAACUAAUUUAUUAGGUACUUAAUGCUAAGUUCUUGUAUAGAAAACGAUUAAUACUUCAAUUUUCAUCUGAUAUAUUUUAUAAACUGGAUUGGGAUGGCAUAUUUUUGAUCAUUCAAAAUCUCUUAUCGAAUAACAUUAUGGCUACUUAUUGACAAAGAACCUCUAAAAGAAAUCUCGAUGAGCUAAAUAACGCUUAUGGUUUUGUGUAACAAUAUUAUAGUUCAUCAAAAAAUUACAUUCAUCUUUUAUUCAUUUCAUCCAUAAACCUCGAAUAUUUCAUGGUUUCAGUUGAGAUCAAAAAUAUGCCAUCCUCAAAUAUGGACAGUUUAAGAACUGAUUGUUGUGUGCUGCACAAUAUUUCAAUUCGGAAGGUGUGACAUUCACAUUGAAUAUGAAGAUAUACGUUAAUUUCGAUAAUGAAAAACCUUAGAUAAUAAUAAUAUCGAUAAUAAAUGCACAAAUACCUAAGAAAAUGAUAUUAUAAUUUAGGUGAAAAAUGAUUACACUGCCAUCUAAUAUGUACUACAAUACAAUGUAAUAAAAGAUAAAAUCUAGGCAGUUUUCCAACUUUGAUAAGCUAAUACAGGAAAUCUUUUGUAUGCGAGAAUAUUUGGAUUGUCUACAUCUAAAGAAUUCGAUACAUUCUCUAUAACAAAAAAUCUCGUUCUGGUUUUGCGUGUAUUUCCAUUAAUGACUCUUAAUUUUAUUUAUAAUCUAUACAUUUGGUUUUGCAUGAUAUCAAACAUUUCAUGAUCAGUAUGGUAUUAUUUAACUCCUAUCAGGUAUAUAAAUCGCAUAAAUUUGGGUACACAUUUUCUUUUCUAGAUUCAGAUAACAAUUUUUCGAAUAUAUUUGGUCGGUUAUCUCGAAGAAAAAAUCCAUUUUGUUCUUCCCAUAAUACUUUUUACACUCAUUAUCCUGGGAAACACCAUAAUUCAGACAAAUUGAUAUUCAGUAAUUGAAUUAAUUUAUGAAUUAAUGGAUAUAUCGUGAAAUUUUCAUCGUAUCGUAAAUUCCUGAACUAUUAAAUAUAUAUUUGAAUGAGGAUGUAGUUAUUGAUCUAGUUCUAGUGUAUGAUUUGAGUACUGAUUGAUUUUAAUUAUGGAAUUAACGAAAUAUGUACAGUGUUCUAAUAUUUCAGUUUUUAUAUUAAUGUGUUACUGUGAGGACUUUGUUUAAUGUAUAAAGUUGAUUUUGUUGAAUAUUGAAAAUAUUUAUUCUGAACAUAAAAUAUUUUAUGUAAAUAUUGUGGUGUUAAUUGAAUGAUUGUUUCGCAUGUUCUUCUCAUAGUAACACAUGUUGUUAUUUUUCCAGUAGUUUUAAACAAAGCUUAAAUUACUUAUUUAAUUCAUUUUCGAAUCUUCAUUGAUUGAAUAAUAUUUUCGAAAUUGAUUGCGAAACGAGACCAUCUGAUGGAAAGAUUAUUUCUAAUUCUCUAUUUUUCUUUAUAGUCGCAUCUUAUUAUUACUCAUCUAUUUGCAACCAAUUGGCUUUACAAAAAAAACUUAUUAUAUUUGGAACGGAGGAAAUUCGUAUUCAAUAGAUGUGAAAAAAGAAAUUAGGAAUAUUCCAUCUACAAGAUAGUCUCAAUAGUUUCUCAAUAUGGUAUUAUAAUAUUCUGAUACCAUUCCCUUAGUUUUCGAUGUUUGCACCCCAAUGAAAUAACAUAAGAUAAUAUAUCAGACAUUGGCUUAUAUUAAUAAGACCAUAGUCGAAACGCCUAAGUAGCAUUAUGAUUGUGGCUAAAAUAUGUAUCAUACAAAAAAUAUGUUAGAGAUUGUGUGCUGUGGGACGAUUACUAUAGUCAAUUUUCGGUUUUGUCAAUUUUAGGAAAUUAGAAAUCAAAUUAUUAGAAUGUUAUUAUUCAUAAUUGAUGCACUGAAUUCUUGAAUAUGUUUCAUAUUUUUUGAUGAACGGUAAAAAAAUCGAAUCAAUUGUGCGUGAAUAAUUUUCAAGAAUAUUUAUUCGAAACAGAAGUUUAUCGAAAGUAUUGAAACUUGAAUACCAACACUGUCGGAAUAUACAUAA